AUGGCUAAUCCACUGAUUGGAUAUAGCCACUCAGCUGCCUUUGAUAUAAGCAGACUGCCCGUGAGUGAUAUUCAUACUCUAAACUAUAAGCAGUAUGGCAAACAAGACGUGGAACCUGAAAUACCGACUUUACUAUUCCCCUACCUCCACCGCAGACCCGACGAAGACACCUUAUACACCAACACGAAAUUCUUCAACCCAGCCAUCGACCGCGUGGUGCUGUUCGACCAACGUGGAGCCGGCAAAUCAACGCCUGCAAUUGGACUACGCCAGAAUACAAGUCAGCAUCCAGUCUCCGACAUUGACGUGCUACGCAAGCAUCUCCAAAUAGUGAAAUGGUACCGGUACCUCUUCUUCGGUCCGUGGGGUUCAACACUGUCCGUACUCUAUGCACAAGUCUACCCGGAAAUGUCGGUACGGGAAAUCUUCACUGUCAGGAAGUUUGAGCUGGAGACCUCGUGUGGGUCCAUUGGCGCAGCAAACAUCACUGAAGCCUACGAAGCAUUUGUCAAUUAUCUUCCUGGAAAGUACUAUGAUCUGCUGGCUUCGGAAGACUAUGAGACAAGAGUUGCUGAAGCGAGGGAGCCUGAACGCUUUGCUCAACUUCGAGAUGAUGCCUGGGUGUUUGCUCAUGCGAGGCUCGAGGCGCAUUACCUUGCGAAUGGAGGGCUUCUGGAGGAAGGUCAGAUUAUUAAAGUGGAGAAUUUGAGGAGUAGCCAUAUUCCGACCACCAUUAUUCAGGGCCGCUAUGGUAUUGUCUCCGCACCGCAGACAGGUUGGGACCCGCACAAGGGCUCGCCGGACUCGCGAUUGUUUUGGACUCCUGAUGCUGGCUAUAAUGCUAGUCUUGCAUUGACCUCGUUCCUGAGACAUGGCCAUGCUAACAUCUUUGUAGGAACCUGGCACGCAGGCCAACUGUCCGAGGUCUGUGAUGAGCACGCUGAGCUUGACUUUACUCUCUGA